CACCUGUACGGGAAGACACAAAGCAGGUUUAUUAAGAACUGGGAAAUAUUAUAUUAUUACUUAUUGGUAUGCAAUGCUAGAAUAUAAUGUAUUUAUAGAAAUGGUACACAACCAGACUGUUAAUAUGAAUUUAAUGUUUUUAGUAGGUUUGCAUUUUUUGCAUAUUAAUGGUACACUUAUUAGUUUACAAAAUAUUGUUAGAAUAUUAUUGUAGGGUUGCAACUAAAUAUUAUGUUUUUUACUGAUUAACUGGCAGAUUAGUUUCUCAAUGGAUUCAUUGUUUAGUCAAAAAAAUAAUGAGAAAUACUUCUACUUUCCUAAAGCCCAAGGUGGUAUCUUCAAAUUCCUUUUUUAAUCUGACCAAAACUUCUAAAACCCAAAUAUAUUGAGAAACUGAGUCUAAGAAAUGUUUGACAAAAGAAUUAUUUAAAGUUAUUUAAAUGUAUUCAUCGAUUAUCAAAAUAGUUUCUGACUAUUCUUCUGUCAGUAGACUGAUUGAUUAAUUGUUUAAUUGUUUCAGCUCUACCUUAAUGGAAGGUCAUGCAGCAUAUAAAACCACUGUUAUGGCAGCGGUUGAAGAGAUUGGUAGUUAAUUUUGAUUAUUUAUUUCAGUGCACUUUCAUAACCAGCUACAUUUCGAUUAAUACAGGAGGGUGUAGGCCUGAACGGGGACCUGAACCUGUCAGACAUGACUGUGGACAACUCAGUGGAGCGGCAUCCAGUUUCAGUUUCUGCAGGCCAGCUGUGGAGUACAGGGCUCUGCCCGAAGACUUCAAGCACCAGCUGAGUCGACGGACAGGUGGGAACCUAACCUGGCAUGACGGACGUGGACAGAAAACCGCCGGAGGCAGGACAGUGAAGCUGCUGCGGCAGCCGGGCACAGAGGCCCUGCAGUACCGUUCCAGUGACAGUUAUGGGAUAUAUCACACAAGUCCAACACAGCCCAGCCUGAUCCGCCCCGUCGUGCUCUGGUCACAACAAGACGUUUGUAAAUGGCUGAAGAAACACUGCCCACACAACUACCUAACCUACGUGGAGGCGUUCUCCCACCACGCCAUCACAGGCCGCGCGUUGUUGCGUCUGAACGGGGAGAAGCUGCAGAGGAUGGGACUAGUGCAAGAAACACUUCGCCAGGAGUUGUUGCAACAGGUGCUGCAGCUUCAGGUGCAGGAGGAAGGACGCAACCUGCAGCUGCUCAGCAGAGGUGAGGGUUCCUUUGGUAAGAUAUCGUAGCCGUGUCAGCGCUGGAAGAAGUGGAUGCUAAUGAAUCAUGGGAUAUUUACUCAAAUGUGAAUGAGACCUGUGGGAUAAAUGCGUCCCAGCGAGCAGCGAUAUUCAGAAUUAUGUUAAGUGGAAGCCGGCUGCUUUUCAUUCCCCAUCUGCACGAUGAACAGACAUAAUCUUCACGAACUGACUAUGAACUGUGAUGAAGAAGCUCCGUGACAAUCUGUCAAUGUAUUGCUCUAUUCUGUGAUUAAUUAUUAACUAUUUCCCUCUCAUUACUGUCUCUACCUCUUCCUCUCUCUCUCUGAAACCUUUUUUUUAAUGUCAGAAAACAAAUAAAGAAAAAAUAUCAAAAAAACAGCA